AUGGUCGCUUUCAGUUUGUCGGAAAACAGCUCUGGCCUCUCGGCUGGCAGCACAGCAGCACUGACUAAGCAGCAGACCUCUUUGCCCUCGUUGUUGGCGUCGGUGGCGCCGGCAGGAGCAGACUCAGACGAUGACGAUCUCGGACUCCAGCCGCCGCGGCGGACGUCGUGGCCUCUGGGCGCCGCUGGCCGUAGCUCUCUGGUCGAGUUUUUGUUGCGAUGUCGCAGGUUUUUCGUGACGUCGGACCUCAGGGUGCCGUCCUCGUGGGGUUACCGCUCGCCCCGUGCUGCCCCGGCCAGCCGGCGGGCGCUGCCACGCGUGCGCAAGGUCUCGUGGGGGCGGGUGAGGGCUGCGAUCGUUGCCCUCACCGCACCCUGCGGGGUCGCUGCUUUCCUCCGCCCUGCGCUGCGUCAGGCGCGCAGCGCGCACGCCUCCUCCCGAGGGGACCAGCGCCCGUAG